AUGAGCAAGCGAGAUCGCCCAAGCCUCUUCGGCGCGCACGAAGUCGUCUACCCUCGACUUGGCAACCCACCCUCGAUUGUGUCUUUUGUUCAGGCUGCUGACCAUCGUCCUGCGUGUCGACAAGGGAAUCUCGACAUCCUUGACGCUUUCGAGAGGAAACAUGCACGACGAUUGGGCAAAGAAGGUCAAUCUUACCUGACCGAUGGAAUGUUGACCGUCGGCAGAGACAUGUCGCUCUUCCAUUGCAACAUCUAG